AUGGAGCUCGAAAGGGAGCGGGCGCUCCGUGGCUGGCAGCUCUGUGUGGGCCGACUCGCGCAACUUCAAGACCAAGGGCUGCAGCCGGGAGCAGCUUCAGCAAAGGCAUUCCACCAACUCUGCAGGCGGGCUUCCUGGAACCGAGCCACACAAUGCGCACUCCUACAGCCGAACAUUGUGACCUACAGUGGCAAGGUCACUGUAUGCGCCAGAACUUCGAGAUGGAGACAUGCCUUGCACUUUCUUGUGGAGCCUCAACUGCAGAACAUCGAGACCGACAACAUCAUCCACAACGCAGUCAUUACAGCUCUCGACAAGGGAAGCCGAUGGCGACUAGCCAUGGCUUCGCGGCUGCAGGUGAGGAGGCGCCAGCUCAUGGACCUCAUCACUUGCAAUGCCUUGCUGAGUGCCUGCGAAGCCAAGUCGCUCUGGCAGACAGCAAUAGUUCUGAUGGCGGAGCUGUGGGAUGGCGGCCUUCGGGCCGAUGUCAUCAGUUAUAACACCACGAUCAGCAGCCACAGUCACAGUGAGCAGUGGCAGGAAGCUCUGCGCUUGUGCUCUGAAGUCAGCUGGCAAUCACUGGAGCAGCAGGUGGUCACCUGGAGCUCGAGCAUCAGCGCUUGCGAGAAAAGUGCGCAGUGGGAGCAAGCCGUAGCACUUCUGGAUGAGCUUAUUGCUCAACGGUGCCGAAGCGACGUGAUUGCCUAUAGUGCCGUGAUCAGCUCUUGUGAGAAAUCCUACCAGUGGCAAGCGGCCUUGCAACUGCUGCGAGAUUGCAUCGACACAGUUGGCAGUGACGUCAUUGUGUAUAGUGCAGCCAUUAGUGCAUGUGAAAAAUCCGAGCAGUGGCAACACGCGCUUCUUCUGUUUUGGAACGUCAAGGAUGAGCUUCUCGCGACAGAUGUUAUUCUCUACAACGCCGCCAUCAGUGCUUGCGAGAGCCUGGGGAAAUGGCAGCAUGCACUGCACUUGCUGGAGGACAUGGCUGAAAGUUGCUUGAGAGGAUCCACGACCACUUUGAAUGUUGCGAUCAGCUCAUGUCAGAAGGGAGGAAAAUGGCAAGAAGCUGUGGCUUUGUCAAACGAAGUGGCAAGAAGCUGUAUGCAGACUGAUAUUGUGACUUUCAGUGCUGCCAUCGCGGCCUGCGCGGAUGGGAGCGAGUGGGAGCUGGCGGGUGUCUUUCUGGCUGAGCUGAAGAAUUCGAAGCUCCAGUGCGAUGUCGUGGCGAUCCAGGCAAUGCUAAACGUGUUUUUCAGUGCUGGGCAGAGCCGCAGCGCUGUAGAAGCGCUUGCUGAACUGCGAGAGCUCGUUUGGGGGCUUAUACCUGCAUGA